GCUCCAGACCGCAGUGGCUGCAAGUGCGUGGCGGCAACGCGCCGGGGGCGCAGCACGGGGGCGACCAGGAGGCCUCUUGCGCUUGAGGCUCGCUGGGUCGUAGGGCACCUGGUCGGCCUGUAUGUAAAACAGCUUGAUGGGUUGUGCAUCAGCGAAAAGAUUGCCACGGGAACCAGACGAUUAUGUCGACCGUUUUGAUGCGCCUGCGAGCACCAAGUUCGCGAACUCUACGUCAUGUGGAGGCGACAACAUUGCUGCUGCGUCUCCGUCCGCGUGCUCAGCACAUGACGAUGCCGUGUGCGAAGUUGUGGCCUCAGACGGGCUGCCAGGAGAGCAAUCGUGGGCGCAGAGCUCGAGGCAUCCGACCCGUAAGGCGACCAGCGACGCCCUGCCGGGCCGCUCCGCGGAAGGGACGGCCGACACCUGGUCGGUGAAGAAGCGCAACAGGCGAGGAGAUUGGCGUCAGGCCCGCAAACCGUACCUGUCCGACCUGCCGGAGGUGGACGAGGACAUCCCCUACCGCAUCAGCCUGGUGGUGCUGGGCAUGGCAGCGAACCAGGUCGUGCAGUCGGCCUGUCAGAGCGCGGCCGCCCGGUCGCUGGCCGCGAAGUCUCUGCCGGAGAAGGAGGAGGCCCGGGGUGCGGAGGGGGACCUCCUGGCGGAGCUGUUCUCCGCGGCCACGAAGGCCACCGCGGUCGAGGAGCGAGCGGUGGAUGAGCAUUGGCUGCUCGAUGCCGGCGAGGACCGCUGCCUGUGCAAGGUGAGCGGAGGCCCCUCCGCCAGCGUGAGACUGGCCAAGCUGGUCUUCACUCGGGUGAUGCCCGGAGCGGACCUGCCCAUCUGCGCCUCGCAGUCCGAGGCCCUCAGCACGAUCAUGGUCAUCACCCUGGUGGUGGCCGGCUCCGUUCUCGGCGAGGACCCCGCUGCGGCCGUGCAUGACCAGCUGAGGGCCCUGAAGGAGUUGAUCGAGCUCCUCCGCACCAGGUUCCCGACGAGGCUGCGCCCUCUUCGCGCCGUGCUGCUCUGCCGCCUCGGCGAGGCCGGGAGUCCUCCCGAGGUCUGCCAGGCCCACGCCCGCGAGUGGCAGGGCAUCGUCUCCGAGUUCGAGGAGGAGAACGGCAGGCUGUGGAAGUUCGGGCCCGUAGAUCCCUCCGACAGGGAGGAUGUGCACGCCACCUUCGGGCAGAUAGCCGCCGCUGGCGUGGUCUCUCCGACCCGAGCCUGCGCGGGCGGGCCGGACGGCCCCGAGGCAAUGCGGCUUCCCGGGGAGCUCAUGGCGCCCUCCCUCCCCGACGCGGAGGCCUCGCAGUCCUUGCAAGAGAGCGGCAAGCCGUGGAAGUGCGGGCCCGUCGUUCCUUCCGACAAGGAGGACCCGAGGUGCAGGCCGUCGCCGGGCAGAUGGCCGCCGCCCGCGUGAGCGCCCCGAUCCCAGCCUGCGCGGGUGGGCCGGACGGCCCCGAGGCGGUGGGGCUUCCCCGCGAGCUCGUGGCGUCCUCCCUUGCCGUCUCGGAGGACUCGCAGUCGCGGCAGGCGGCACGGCUGCCCGACGAGCUACCUGCGACGCGAUGCCUGUCGGUGCCGGAGGCCUCCCAGACCGUGGCGGCAUCCCUUCCCGUGCCCGAGGCGACACGGCUGCCUGGCGAGCGACGGACGACACCAUGUCAUUCCGCGUCGGAGGCUUCACAGUGGUUAACGCCAUCUCUUUCCGUGUCGGAGGCGUCGCAGACGCAGCAGAAGGUGUCCCAGGCGGCACGGCCGCCUAGUGAGCAAAGUACAAUGCCAUCUCUUUCCGUGUCCGAGGCGUCCCACAUGCAGCAGAUUAUCAGUGGUCGCUGCUCCGUGUCGAAGGCCUCGCAGACGCAGCAGAUGGUGUCCCAGGGGGCACGAGCGCCUGGUGAGCAAACGACGACGUCAUCUCUUCCCGUGUCCGAGGCGACGCGGCUGCCUGGCGUGCGACGGACGACACCAUGUCAUUCCGUGCCAGAGGCGUCCCAGAUUUUGACUUCUCUUUCCGUGUCGGAGGCUUCGCAGUGGUUAACGCCAUCUCUUUCCGUGUCGGAGGCGUCGCAGACGCAGCAGAAGUUGUCCCAAGCGGCACAGCCGCC